CGAUACCGCGCGAGAAGUGAAACAGGAAAUGACGCGAGACACGACUCGCUGAUGAACUGCUGCUCCCACUAUGGACGUCCGGCAGAAACAAGCGCUGCUGGUCGUUUGCGCGAUGAUCUCCUCGGAGGGAAGACGUGAAAAGAAGAAGAAACGAGUUUGGGUGAAGGAGUGGAGUGGUGGACGUGUGCAGCCCGGACUGUCUCUUCUGCAGAGGGAGCUGGAGACCCAGGAGCAGACUGGCUUCAGGAAGCUGCUGCGCAUGACCGCAGAGGAGUUUGAUCUGUUGCUGGCGAUGGUCGAACCUCUCAUAACCAAACAGAACACCAAGAUGAGACUGGCCAUCUCCCCCAGAGAGCGACUCUCCCUGACGCUGCGCUUCCUGGUGACAGGAGAAACCUUCAAGUCUCUCCGGUUGCAGUACAGGAUUGGAACCAGCACGGUUUCACAGAUCAUCAUGGAGACCUGUGCUGCUCUGCACCGGGUCAUGAAGAAAGACUUCCUGAAGACACCUUCAACAGCGGCAGAAUGGCGGACGAUAGCCCAGGACUUCGAUUUGAAAUGGCACUUUCCACAUUGCCUUGGGGCGCUGGAUUGCAAACAUAUCCACAUUCAACCUCCAGGAAGAAAUAGCAGCCUCUACCACAACUACAAGGGCAGCUUGUCGUUGGUUUUAAUGGCGGCUGUGGACGCCAACUACAAAUUCAUCUAUGCAAGAGUGGCUACGCAAAGCAGAGAGUCAGACACUGGACCGUUCGAACACUCGGACCUGCGUAAAGCGAUGGACCGGGGCUCGCUCAACUUUCCUCCACCUGAGCCUUUGCCCAACUCACACGUGCUGAUGCCGUACAUGUUCGUCGGUGAUGACACGCACCCUCUACGGAAUGACCUCAUGAAGCCGUACCCUGCACAGGAGGUGGACCACUCUCACCGGGUCCUGAAUAUCCGGCUGACGAGGGCACGGAGAGUGGCAGAAAAUGCCUUUGGGAUUCUCGUGAACAGGCUGAGGGUCCUCAGGUCCACCAUCUGCUUGGAGCCAGAGAAGGUGGUGAAAAUAACCCUGGCCUCCCUGUGCAUUCACAAUUUCCUGUGCGAGCGCAGAUCUGAGGCCUACGCACCUCCAGGCUUCGCCGACUGGGAGACCACCGAUCACGUGAUUGUCGAUGGAGCCUGGAGAAAUCACGGCACGGGGAAUUUACAGCCGGUGGAGAACAGACAGCCGUGUGACCCGACAGUUACAGCAGAGCAGCAAAGAAACCUUCUGAGUGACUACUUUGUGUCCCCUGCUGGCUUCGUCCCCUGGCAGGAGGAACACGUUUAG